AUGGUAUUUCGCGUUUGUCAAGAAAACCAUAUUCGUUUGAAUUUACGUAAAUGUAAAUUUUUCCAGCCUGAAGUAAAGUUUUUGGGCUACAUCGUCAACAAGAACGGUAUUACGAAAACGCCAGAGAAAGUUACAGCAGUUCAAGAAGCUCCUUGUCCUACGAAUGUAACCGAAGUGAAAUCGUUUAUGGGCUUGGUGAAUUUCUACGGCAAAUUUUGUAACCAGUUGGCAACUAUAGCUCAUCCGUUAUAUGAGACGACGAAAGGCAAAAGUGGCAAAGAUCCUAUCGAUUGGUCUCCUCAGUGCGAACGUUCGUUUAUUGCCGUCAAAGAAGCGAUCACAUCUCCAAGAAUUUUGGUGCAUUAUUCACCCAAACUACCGUUGAUUUUAGCCGUAGAUGCAAGCAGCGUAGGAAUCGGCGCAGUUUUAUCGCACCUCGUUGGCAAGGAAGAACGUCCUAUUGCAUUUGCCUCUCGUAUUCUUUCUGAUACCGAAAAGAAUUAUGCUACGUUGGAUAAGGAAGCGCUGGCGAUCAAGUGGGGAGAGGAGAAGUUUUUCUAUUAUCUCUAUGGUAGAAAUUUCACACUCGUAACGGAUCAUCUCCCACUUGUCCAUAUUUUUUCGAAGAAGAAAAAACUUCCAGUGUUAUCAGCAAUGCGUCGUUUACAUUACGCUAUUUUUCUUCAAAUGUUCGAUUUCGAUAUUCGUUACAGAAGAUCCGAAGAAAAUGGUAACGCUGAUUUUCUUUCACGCUUUCCUCGAAAUAUUCACGAAGCUGCUGAAAUGUUUGAUAAUAGUUCUACACGUAUCAAUCAGCUAAUCAUCUUGGAAACUCCGAUUACCGAGCAGAAAUUAGCAGCCGAAACUUUGAAAGACCCUGAAUUACUCCCGUUACUGGAAAAACUUCGUACUGGUGAAGUUGCAGAUGAUUAUUCGUUACACGGUAAUAUCAUUAUGAAGGGAAUUCGAGUCGUUAUCCCGAAGAAGUUUCAGUCAGCUGUGCUUGCUGAAUUACAUCAAGGCCACUUUGGCGUCAGUAAAAUGAAGAAAUUGGCGCGAGCUACGGUGUAUUGGCGAAAUAUCGACGCAGAUAUCGAAUCGAUGGUUCGUGAUUGUAAAGCUUGUUUAUCGUUCCGGCCAGAGCAAGUAAAAUCUAAAACGCACUACUGGGAAUAUCCUGCCUCUCCGUGGGAGCGAUUACAUUUAGAUUUCGCCGGUCCUUUUCAAGAUAAGCUGUUCCUGUUAGUCGUCGAUGCUCAUAGCAAGUGGUUAGAAGUUCAAAUUGUUCCCAAUACUUCGUCUGCUUCCGUCAUCGAAUUUUUACAACAAUUAUUUUCAUUGUAUGGUAUUCCGAAGACUAUUGUUUCCGAUAAUGGCACUGCGUUCACCAGCAAAGAAUUUCAACAGUUUCUCUCGAUGUACGAUAUCCGUCAUAAAACUAGCCCACCCUUCCACCCAUCAUCGAAUGGCCAAGCGGAGCGCUAUGUUUUUACCUUAAAGCAGAGUCUACGUGCGUUGAAAAAAGGUGAAUCGUCUCACGGAAUUCAAGAUCGUCUAAAUAAGUUUCUCUUUGCCUACCGGCGAGCCCCAAACGUUACCACUGGGCAGUCUCCGGCAAAACUGAUGUUGGGAAGAGAAUUACGUUCGAUGCUGUCUGUAUUCCGACCAGAUCUUAAACGAACUGUGGAGCGCAAUAGACACGAUGUCGCCUUUAUGGAUCGCUCGUACAAUAUAAACGAGAAAGUUGCUGUACGCGAUUAUUCAGCUCGGAAUUCGCCGUGGGAAGCAGCUACUGUUGUCCAUAAAGACGGACCCCUUACCUAUACUGUGCAGUUGUCUGAUCAAUGAGUAACUCGUCGUCAUGUCGAUCAGAUGCGGCCAGGCAGUAAUUCAGCGACUCCUGCUGUAUCUUCGAUUCAGGAGGUCGCUAAAUCACCCGUUGUUCCGGAUUCAAGUUCUCUCGGUUCCGCUCAAUCAGCCAACGCCGAUACCUCGCGUAUUCCUGAGCAGGAAUCCAGAUCAACACCUGUAACAACUCGUUCUCCAGAGCCAACCAUUCGAAGAUCGGCUCGUGAUCGAAAAAUCCCAAAUCGAUUAAAUCUCUAAGUUCUUAGAUAAUCGUUUUCGUGUAUUUUUUUUUCUAUUUUAGUUUUUUUUAAAUCCCUAGAUUUAAUCUUCGUGUGAGGAGUGUUAUAUCGAGGACUUUCGAGUGUUGUAUUCGAGCAACACUGCGUUUUGAUUAGCGAAUAAGCUGACACAAUAUUCGUGGAAGUUAUCAAGUUAUGUUCGAGUAUUUUGAACUAAGAUGUAAA